AUGUCACGCAAUGAAGAUCAGCCACAAUUGGUUGAUUCUCUGACCAUAUCUCCUACAGUUCUCCAUCAUUUAGUGGAACAAAUGCAAACCCUCCAAAUGCGACUAGAGCAGCUUGAACGACAAAAAGUCAUCAGCGAUACGCAAAGCUUGGCGGAGAUCACUGCUGCUUACGAUAUCUCACCUAUACCUUCUCGACUCUCGAUAGCCAACGCAAUCUCGAAAGUUGAUCUGAAAAGAAGUCUAAUUAAAACAAGAAGUCUGAUCAAAACAGGGAAAUUUGCAGUCAAUCAUCAGCGCAAAAAGCAGUUGGAAACUAGGUUGGAUGCAGACGAAAUCACCCUUAUUGACGAAGAAGAUGAAGGCGGCGCCGCUCAUCCUCAAUCACUAUCUCCACAGAACAUUAUUCCUAUAGAACAAAUGCGAGGAGGCGACGUGGUAUCCAAGCCUGCCAACGACAAUGCAUCUGUUGAGACGUCCACUUUGUACUCUGAUACCAUGGAUACAAUGUCCGGCUGCCGAACGCCAUCACUGGUUUUAUCAGGAUCAAUGGAGACAGUAUCAAGCAAUGAUACACCAUCCACAUCGCAAAUCUUGCAUGUUUUUCCAAGAGUAACAAGCCUAGAACAUUAUGAUACAUCUUUGCAGUCGUCGGUGAUAGAGAGUCCCCCAGGCGUUGAACAAGAUGAUGGACCAUCUACGACUGGAGCUCGUACAAGACAAUUGACCUCGGUGUCUGCCAUUGGAGCUAGCCCUGUGUCCCAAAUAUCGGAAAACACCUCUCUUCACACAGGCCAAAUGCCGACGUAUGGAAGAUGUUAUUCUUCGUUUUUUCCCACUAACUUCAUCCCGCCUUCACCGUCAUUCGCGGGAAGCACUGGAAGACUCUCUUUGGCCACAAGUAUGCGUGAGCUGAGGCCAAACUUUGAGCAGUCAGAAAGUUGCCUAAAUUUACUCGAUCAUGUUGAGAUAUCGCCAAAUUGUUCAUCUAUAGAACUGAGUGCAAUGACCUCAAGCAACUCGACAUUGAAUCUGCCACAACCAAAGAAGCUGAAUCGAGCAAAGAGAUGGCUUACCAAAAAAUUGGCUGUGUCUCCCAAGCUCAAGUCAUCGACCAGUGCACCAGUACUAGGUACGCACAAGCAGCCAGGUCUACUCUCGCGAAAGUGGUCCAAGCUAGUGGGUAGAGUGUAG